AUGUUCCACGGGAUCCCGGUCACUCCGGGCCUGGGAGCUCCUGGGAACAAACCUGAGCUGUAUGAGGAAGUGAAGUUGUACAAGAAUGCCCGUGAGCGGGAGAAGUAUGACAACAUGGCGGAGCUCUUUGCUGUGGUGAAGACCAUGCAGGCCCUGGAGAAGGCCUACAUCAAGGACUGCGUCACCCCCAAUGAGUACACGGCCGCUUGCUCCCGGCUCCUGGUCCAGUACAAAGCCGCCUUCCGGCAGGUCCAAGGCUCUGAGAUCAGCUCCAUUGAUGAGUUCUGCCGAAAGUUCCGCCUGGACUGCCCACUGGCCAUGGAGAGAGUCAAGGAGGACCGGCCCAUCACCAUCAAGGACGACAAGGGCAAUCUCAACCGCUGCAUCGCUGAUGUCGUUUCGCUCUUCAUCACGGUGAUGGACAAGCUGCGCCUGGAGAUCCGAGCUAUGGAUGAGAUCCAGCCGGACCUGCGGGAACUGAUGGAGACCAUGCACCGGAUGAGCCACCUGCCCCCUGACUUCGAGGGCAGACAGACAGUCAGCCAGUGGCUGCAGACUCUGAGCGCUAUGUCAGCCUCAGAUGAGCUGGACGAUUCCCAGGUGCGCCAGCUGCUCUUUGACCUGGAGUCGGCCUACAAUGCCUUCAACCGCUUCCUGCAUGCCUGA